CUGAGCCUCUCUGAGCCUCAAAUUCCUCCUCUCUAAAAAGCCUCCCUCUUGGGCUUGGUGAGGAUCUCAUGGAUGUGAGUCCGAGGCCUCUGCCCGGGAGCGCCCUCCCACCUGGCUGGGGCUUCUUCUCGCUGAACUGCUUGGUCUGCUCCCAUUUGCAGAUGUCCUGGGUGCCAUGUUAGGCGCUGGGGUUACAGAAAUAAAUAACUCAGGGUCCUGCACCCAAGAACCGACACUCUAGAGGGGAAGGGGUGGGAGACAGACAAACGGAGAAUGACUGGGGUGUCUCGCAUCCCUGAGGGGCCGUCCUGAAUUGCUGUGGGGCUCAAGACAGCCAUUCACCCUCUCUGGACCUCUGUUCCCUCUGGAACAGUCCUCUGAAGAGUCCGCCCCCGGCUUCCAGGCAAGCUUGUGCCAAAGAUAAACCAGACAGGGAGAAAAAGGCCCUCCUCCCCAAAGGAUGAACUAAAUCAUGCACAGUGUUCCGGCUCCUUAAAGAAAAGACGGCAUCUAAAUUGCGGGUCUGACCUACGCCCAUGGAAAGCUGUAAUUUCCUCGCUUCUGGCACUCCGACCCGUUAAACUUUGAUGGGGAAGAUGAGCCCAGAUAAGGGUGCAGGAAGGGAGUCUUCCAGGGGGGCCAGGGGCUCUGGAGGGGCUAUUUCAUUCUUCUGAACAAAGGCAGGGCCUGGCUGGUACACUGCGUUCCCAUGGCCAUGAGUGUUAGCACGUGUUCGUGUGAGUGGGUACACACGUGUGUGCCUGAGCUGGAGGGGCUGUGCUCAGAGCUUACCCUCAGGCUUUGCCGGGGGGCAUCUGUCCCUGCAGCCUGGAAAUUAGGUUUGCCUGGCUCACUGCUCCUCUCCGGGGAGCCUGGUGCUCCCCUCCCUCCUCCAGCCCUGGGUUGUGAUUGGCCGCCUGGCGAGGAUGCUAUAAAGGGGAUCUGCACACAGGGAGGCGAAUCAGAUGGAUGGGUGACGUAGGGCUCCCUGGCUGAGGAGGUCUGGACUGUAAGGUCCCAGGUUCACAAUUCCAGGUCUAAAGAAGGCUGAUUCCAGCAUUCUGGAAUUCUGACCUUUUCCAAUUCAAAGACACAGAGUCUAAAAAUCUAUGACUCUACAACUCAGUUCUAAGAUUCUAAAAUUCUAUUUUUAGGUCUCUAAGUGUCUAGGGAUUUGGGUCCAUGAUCUUAAUAGUUCAAGAGUCUGAGAAGCAGUGAGGAGAGCUCUGAAUAGACUGGUGGGAGGCGUGGAUGCCAGCUGGGGGCCCUGACCAGCUAUGACACUUAGAUGAGUGCCUUCUUCAGGACUGGCCUCAAUCCACCCACCUGUGAAGUGGAGGGGUGGGGGAUGGUCUUAAGAAUCCUCGCAGCUUUGCCCCUUCCUAGCUGUGUGACCAGAGUGCAUGGCCUCAACUCUGUUCUUUGUCUGUAUUGUGGGGACAACACUAGUGCCUCAUGAAACCCUGUAGGACGGUGCACAUCACUCCUUAGCCUGGAACUUGACAGUCAGGGCUCAGUGACAAGGGGCUGGCAGCACUGUUGGGAUCCUAUGAGUGCACUGUCGACUGCUCCUCCCUUAGUGCCUGGGGUGAGGGUGGGUUGAGGGCUCUCAUCAGGCACGGAAGAGCCCGGAGGGGAUGCUCUGAGCCUGGCCAGCCUGCGGAACCAUCAGGAGGAGCCAGGGCCAAGGGGUUCUUUGCCACUCUUGGCGUUGCCUCUCCUGGCUCUUGAAGCCCCUGGAAGCCCCAGGUCAUUGCGCAGGAUCAACCAGGCACGCUCACUUACUAGAAGCAUUUCCUCUGAGUUGGGGCACCUCCCCUUUCCAGGAGGUUCACAUCUGAAAAGUGAUGUCCAAACAGGGCAAUGCGGACCACAGGUCCCACUGGAGGCACUUCAGAUCCAGUGUUGGGGCAGGAGGAUGUUGGAGAAAGGAGCCUCUGAGAGCCUUCUUUUUCCUUUGGAGUCUCUGUAGGAAGAGUCAGGGCAGCCAGCCUGCAGGAGACUGGUGACGAGGGGGUCAUUGGAAAGAGGGGAGGAGGUCUAGGCCCCAGAGGAAGCUCCAUCUUUUAGCCUCGGCCUCUAACUGGGUUUCCUGAGGUUCUGCUGAGGGAGGCUAGCAAAUCCUGAGGUAGGGAACCUCUCGUAGCAGGGCAUGAAUUUCCACAGUCAGCAAUCCAUCCUCCCUUUGCAACCAGAUUUGUCCACCCAGGUUCCUCUGAUUCCCUCAAUGCCUCAAACAUGGAUGCAGAGCUUGUGCUUGUGUGAAAGGGAUGAGGAAAAGGGCCAGAACUGAAUCCUGGCAUCUCCACACUUGAGGAGAGUCAAGUCCAGCAGGGGAGCCAGGAGGAGUCCCAGCUCCUCAUCACACACGGGAAGUGUGGCCAGUAGCUGACUGCUGACCACCCUCCCUUGGCCAUGGACACCCCUGGCUCUCCUUCUCUGGUACCCACGACCUCGGACCCUGGGAACACCUCCUCGGCCUGGUCCCUGGAUGCCGUCCUUGGAAACGCAUCUGCAGUGCCGAGCGCAGCAGGGCUGGCUGUCAGCGGCAUUCUGAUCCCAUUGGUCUACUUGGUGGUGUGCGUGGUGGGCCUGCUGGGUAACUCACUGGUCAUCUACGUGGUCCUGCGCCAGACGGCCAGCCCGUCCGUCACCAGCAUCUACAUCCUCAACCUGGCACUGGCUGACGAGCUCUUCAUGCUGGGGCUGCCUUUCCUGGCUGCUCAGAAUGCCCUGUCCUACUGGCCCUUUGGCUCCCUCAUGUGCCGCCUGGUCAUGGCAGUGGACGGCAUCAACCAGUUCACCAGCAUCUUCUGCCUCACCGUCAUGAGCGUGGACCGCUACCUGGCGGUGGUGCAUCCUACCCGCUCAGCCCGCUGGCGCACGGCGCCUGUGGCCCGCACGGUCAGUGCGGCCGUCUGGGUGGCUUCGGCCGUGGUGGUGCUACCCGUGGUGGUCUUCUCUGGUGUGCCCCGUGGCAUGAGCACCUGCCACAUGCAGUGGCCCGAGCCAGCAGCAGCCUGGAGGGCUGGCUUCAUCAUCUACACAGCCGCACUGGGCUUCUUUGGGCCACUGCUGGUCAUCUGCCUCUGCUACCUGCUCAUUGUGGUCAAGGUGCGCUCAGCUGGGCGGCGGGUGCGGGCACCUUCGUGCCAGCGGCGGCGGCACUCGGAACGCAGGGUCACACGCAUGGUGGUGGCCGUGGUGGCGCUCUUCGUCCUCUGCUGGAUGCCCUUCUAUGUGCUCAAUAUCAUCAACGUGGUGUGCCCACUGCCCGAGGAGCCCGCCUUCUUUGGCCUCUACUUCCUGGUGGUGGCACUGCCCUAUGCCAACAGCUGCGCCAACCCCAUCCUUUACGGCUUCCUCUCCUACCGCUUCAAGCAGGGCUUCCGCAGGGUCCUGCUGCGGCCUUCCCGCCGUGUGCGCAACCAGGAACCUCCUGUGGGGCCUCCAGAGAAGACUGAGGAGGAGGACCAUGAGGAAGAGGAUGGGAGUGGUGAUAGGAAGGAGGGGGCAGGGAAGCAGGGGGAGAAGGAGAUGAAUGGCCGGGUCAGCCAGAUCACACAGCCUGGUUCCAGCGGGCAGGAGCAGCCACCCAGCGGCACCGCCAGCAAGGAGCAUCAAUUCCUCCCCCAGGAGCCCUCAGCUGGGGAAAAGUCGGGCACGCUGCACAUCAGCUAUCUGUAGGAGACUGAGAAGGGCCAGGGUAGCCCGAGGACAGGGCAAAUGUGGGUGCGCUAGGGCAUGCUGCCCAAGGUGCCAGGGGCCCGUGAUGGGAUGUUUGGAGGCCUGGGCUCUGAUCCCAUUGCUGCCGAGACUUGCUGUGUGACCUCAGAUAGGUCACUUUCCCUCUCUGGGCCGCAUGUUCUCUGUGACUCAGGGAUGGGCGAUAUCCUCCUGGACGAGCUUUAUCAGAUGAGAAGUCUGGAGGGGCACCCCUGCUGGGCUGAUCUUUCUGAGUAGGGCCAGGUUAAAGGGGUAAGUGCAGACUGGCCUUCCCCUUCGGAGACAGAGCAUCCUGGUGCAGCAGCCUGAAUCUUGGCCCUCAGAGGGAUAAACCAAGGCCUGGAUUUCCUGGGCUCAGAGUCAAGUUCACAAAGGAGGGAUUGGGGCCCCAGGUUCAUGGGGAGAUUCACUGCGGCCCCGAAUAGAAGAAAGUAUUUUCUGGCAGGAAGGAGGGGCUGCUCAGGCCCCACAUCUGCCCUCCUCCUCUUGCUGCAAGGCCGUGGGCCGGCUCUUCUCCUCUCUGGGCCUCUGGCCUUACCCGCUGACCAACCCAGCAACCCCCAGGCCCUCUUGGUCCAGAUGGUCAGUGCCAGGACUCCUGCAUUCCUGGACAGGAGGAGAAGAGGUAGAUCUUCCAGGAAGCUAAUUAAGCCCAGCUUCAAGGUUCCUGACUGCGUGGGCCCCUCUGAGGCCCUGAGUUGAAUUUUGUACUUGUAAAUUUGUAUCCCAUUUCUCAAAGAGGGACCUCAACUUGCUCAAACUUAGGCCACCCAAAGCCUAGCUCAAGCCCUGUUGGGGGCAGCUGACCAAUUCUCAAAGCAGCUCGCUCUGUGUCCUGUGGCUUGAGAGGGUCUCUGGGUCUUUGAGGGCUGCAGGAUCCUCCUUAUAGGAAAAUCCUCCCUGUCCCUCCCUCCCAGUUACGAAGGCAGGGACCUGGCCCAAGCAGGCUGGCGUGGAAAGGCAGAGUGUCUAAACAGGGCUGAGAGGAAAAGGCAGAUGAUGGCGAAGGGAGAGAAGGGAGAAGAAGGAGGACAAGAAGGAGGUGGAGACCAGAUCUGUCCCAUGACCUUGGAGCCGACCUUGGCCCCUCUGGGCAGAGCUCAGUUGCAGCAUCCAUGAAACUGGAUCGCUGGUGCCUGACCUGAUCUGAUCAGCCUCAAGGAAAAGAUGCCAUCAGGGUGGAACAGCAAAUGCUCUGAAAGGUAUGGGGCCAGGCCCGUUGGGGGCCCGCAGUGCUGGUAAGAAGGGCUGGGUGUUGAUGGAAGCCUGGGGGCAGAGCUGGGAAGCAGGGCCUGGCUCCCUGGAGAGGUUAGGAGGAGUGGUGUGGCUCCAGCAGGCUUCUGUAUUCCCUAGGGCGACAGGUUGGGAAGGCCCAAGGAAGACAAGACUAGAGGAGUCUGGAGGGAGACCAUAGGGAGAGGCCACUGUGCAAGGCUGGGCCUGGACUCCCUCUCAGCGGCGACCCCUUAGAGCCCCAGCAAGACUGGUCUUGGGGACGGUGGUACCUCUGGCUAAAUCCCUCAACCCGCGGCCCCACAGAGGGUAGGAUGUCCUCAGGGAACGCGUGUGAACCACACGUUGGGGGACCUAGAUCUUUAGCUCACCUCUGGAUCCUGUCUAGCCUUGACCUCUCUGGGCUUCAGUUUCCCCAACAUAAAAUGGAAGUGGUUGUCCCAGCUUGCCUGCCUCCUGGGAUUUGGGAAGAAAAUGAGUCAUUUGGGGGCACUGCCAGGCUCACUACAAUGGGUGGGGGUAGGGCAUAGCAGAUUACAAAGUGGAAGCAGCCCCCUGCCAGGCAUGGCCUUCACCUCCUUCUCCUUCAACAAGUGGCCUCUCUGUCUCCAGCUCUUGCGGGUGAGGACACAGCAGGACAUGAGAAAGGGGGAGUUGGGGGUCAGAGACCAAGGAUCAGGGAGGCAGGGCGUGGGGUAGAGUGAGGGCCUCUCAGGGGGAAGGAAGUUUACAAAAUCGAGCUUGUGUGGCGGUUGGAGGCUGGAGGCCCAGUCCUCAGUCUGGGGUUCCCCUCAGGAGGAUCUGGGGGUCUGACGGAAGAGGGCCCCUGGCAUUCCAGCAUGCCCUGCUUUCCUGAUUCCUAGGGCAAGUGAGCCUGUUCCACAAGGGUGGCUGGGAGGCCCCUUAGGGAAAUCCUUUGCUGUUUCUGACCCCAGCUUUUGUCAAUAAAGAUGGUAACACAUGACAACUGGCCUGGGCCAAUUUCUCUGCCAGGCGCUGUGUGUUAGAUCAGUGUGCUUGAGUGGGGGUGUGUACAGGCACCCAUCUUCAUCAGGAUGCUCCUGUCUCUCAUCGCUGCAUGACCAGACCUCCUUGUAUAUAGCCUUCCAUAGUCCUGG